UCAUAAUUUCUUUGCCCUAACUCAGCCGCAACUACCCCUUUCCCCUUUCUCUCUCUCUCUACAAAACCCCCAAUUCUUCAUUUAUCAAACCCUAAUUACUCCUCCAAUUUCUGUUUCAUCUUCCACAAAUGGUCAAAAUUGAGUCCUCUAUCUUGACUUUCGUAGAUCGAACUUGACCUAAUCGGAAGCAUCCACGAUGAAUUUAAUUUCGCGGUGGUGAAUUCCAUGGAUGCGGUGGAGUUACCGCUUCCAGCUGCUGUUGUUACAAAGAUCAUGAGAUCGUCUGGUUGCAGUGGCGGUGGUGGAAUUAGUCGUGUGGAGUUGUUAGGUAGCAAAUCGGAGCGUGAAACUUCCAGCAGCUCAUUUCAUCCGGAUAAAGAUGAUAACUGUAAUGUCAAUGGUUCAAAACCAGGUUUUUGGAACAAGAUGUCAGAUGAUGACUUGUACAGGCAAGGUGGUCAGUUGACCAGUCUUCGCAACGGAGAAGCAUUUGUUGACCAUGAUAUGGUCUCAGGGCAAGAGGCUAAGCAAUCUCAGAGGAAAACAGGGAAAUCGUCUAGAAGCAAUGGCAAUGGUUCUAGAAGAUCACGAGUAGCACAGAUGGAAGCUUCUUUGAACGUAACAGGAGUAGCUGAUACGAGUGAUCUGCCCAAAGAACUAGGAUCUUAUUCUGGAAAAUACAAUAUUGCAGAUAAAACACAGACGGCGAAACCUAAGACAGCUGUCUCUGGUAAGCGAAGUGAAAAAAGAAAUGGAAAAAUUCCAAAGAACAAAUGUGAUUCUUUUUCUGUUAAAGCCGGAUUGUCAAGCUUCAGUUCAGCUGCUGGUGGAAAUAACAUACUUGGAGUAUAUGGUUCUAAGCAUGAUAUCCGUGAUCUUGUAAAACAUGUGGAAGAUGUGUCACUGAAUGAGCUCCUUGAUGAUAGUUACAAGUGUCCCAACUCCGUCAAAGUCAAAGAAAAGUCAACAGAAGCUUUGAAUGGAAGUAUUUUGCAAUCAGUUAGAGAAGCAUGCUCGGUUCUUCAUCUCCAGAAGCUUACUCAAACCCCAAAGGUGCCAGCCGCAGACCCGACUUAUAACUAUAGUGCUUCGUCUUUCUUGCCAAACUCUAGCACAAAUGAUGAAAACAAAGGAGAUGCAGCAGACCCAUCUCCUUCUAAUAAGGUGGAAAGUUCUUUCGCGGGUCCCACUGAUCACCAUGCAAAUAUACUUCAGUUUCCAUUGUUUGAACCAAAGGAUGUUUUGGACCGUUUAACUCUUCCUCCUCAUAAGGAUCUUGAUCUUAUGCUUCUUGACAGCACGAAGCCUACUUCAACCUCAAAAGUACACAACGGAGGUAGCUUACCAACAUUUCCUUGGUCACAUGUUUCCGGAGGGCAUUUUAAAACUAACCCCGAUGUGGUCAAGUCUGUACCGAGUAAGAGUACUUGCCAAAGUCGAUGGGUCAAAAUCGGGAAGUCAACCACUUCUUUAUGGGACACCGGCACUACUAGUUAUCUUGCAGAUUUUCAACACCUGACUUAUAAUCAAAGCCUAGUUCCGUUACAAAGUCAACCGCUAGGGUCAACCGAAAAAGAAAAACCUCCUCUGAUAUCUACUGUUAAUCGAGAAGCAACACCUUCUGGGACCCGCACAACAGGUUCUAAAAUUUCAGCUGGACAUUCUGCAGGGGUGUUAUCUGCUGCUCAAACAUUAUGCGACCUUGCAGCUGAAUUCCGUAAAAAAGACCAAUACGGGCCUGCCAGCUGGCAAAAGAAAAUUUCCCAUAAAUCUAUAAGAGCUAGCAAGUUAACAUCAGAUGAAAAACUUGAAAAAGCGUUAUUCACCAUCCCAAGUUCACGAUCUGUGGGAACCACCAGCCUCAUCAACGACACCAAGUCACAUAGUUCAAAGAAAGUCAAACUCGACCCCACCAAAGGUCCGUACCAUUGGUCAACUACCACACCUCAAUCGAUCAGAUCGUCGUCAUCAUCAUCUCCGAGCAAACUCUUCAAGAAUAAGAGUUCACCCAUGAUGGAAGCUAAACACCAUGGGAGUAGCAGCAGCCCGUUGAAAAGAUCGAUGACAGCCCCACCUGCAAAGUUACCACCAAACAAACCUUCAAAACUGAGAAAACUUGUACCAAUGGAAUGGAAAAGCCGGGGUGACGAAAAGGGUAAUGCGAAGUACUAAGAUCUGAUUCUUUUGGGUUAAUUAUGUUGUUAGUUUAUUAUUGUAUUUUGAAUUGGUAGUUUGGUGUACAUAAUUUUAGAGUUUAUGGUGUAGUAGUAUCUGUAGUACAGGAAUGUUUCCCUUGUUGGGCCCCCAUAAUGCAAUCAUGUAUGUAUGUAACAGGAGGGAUAAAAGGAUUUUCUUUCUUUUUUCCCCUUCUAGUUUGUUGGAUGAUGCUUAAUGAUUUUCAACUCAAAUUUUACAACCAUAAUACUAUUAGGUUGAA